AUGAAGUCUCUUCAAAGUAUUUUGCUAUCUCUGCUGGCAGCCAACAGCGCUGCAGCAGCGCCUGCACCGGCAGCAGACGAAGCCGCUCCUAUCGAACUCCUGAAACAUUCCCCAGAAUUUCUCCAGCAUGUUCACGAAAUCAUAAGCGCCACUCAAGAGGAAAACUCUACUGAGGUUGAACGGAGGUCAACCACCACACUCACCGGUAGCAAGGACGGCGUCAACACAGCGGGCUUCUAUUAUUCCGUGUACAACGACAAAAAAGCCAAUGUCAAAUACACCAGUGGUGAUGACAACGGUCAGUGGAGUCUGACCUGGGACGCCCAGAAGGAGUUUCUGGCUGGCAAGGGGUACCGGUCUACCACGCCUCGCUCUUUGACCUGGUCGGGUUCAUUCAAGGCCAGCGGCGACUGGACGCUGGCCGCGUACGGCUGGACAACCAACCCCGUCACGGAAUGGUAUGUCGUCGACGCCCACGGUUCUGGCAAGCCUGGUAAUGGCAAGCCUGUCGGCACUGUCACGACCGAUGGCGGCGUAUACGACGUCUACGACCUCUACUACUCCAACGUUCCCAAGAUCUACGGCGCAACUUCUUUCCACCAGUACUGGUCUGUCCGCCGGGCGGCUCGCACUACCGGAGGCACCAUCAACAUUGCCAAGCAUUUCAGUUCUUGGAAGUCAAUGGGUCUGAAACCUGGUGCCCCUGUGUUCCAGAUGCUUACUCUUGAAGGGUUUUCCGGGUCGGGAUCUCUUUCCUUCAAUGUCGCCUAA